AUGACGAUGAGUGAAGGUAAAAGCACCUCGACACCCGAGACCGAUGCCGAGUAUAAGCCGAUGGUCAUCUCCGAGAACAUGGAGGAGGAAUUACAUCGCCUUGGCGCCUCCUCCGACAUGAUCGCUCAUCUAAAGGAGGAGGACGAGAUGGUGCAUCUGCCGAUGCCGGGCAACCUCGACGGAUCAAUUCGUACCAAGGCUUUGCGUUGCAUGUUCAGCAUGCUUCAGGCAAAUCCUGUGGGUAAAAGCACUUGGUUUCAGGCGGCCCUGCUUCUUGAUCGCAUCACAGCAUGCCAGAGCUUCUGCUUGGAACAGCUACCGCUGACCUGUACGUGCGUGACUAGCCUUGUCUUGAAGUGCGCCUCCAGCGCGGCAAUGCCCCUUGCUGGCGAGGACGUGAUCAAUGACUUUGCUACAUGGCUGGAUUCCACGCAGAACUGCGUGACUGCAGAAGUGUCGAACCGAGCAGUCUCGCAGCAUGAGAAGGAGGUCUUAGAGGCGCUCGAUUUUCGGGUGCAAGCCCCCUGCGUUCUGCAGUGGUGCAAGCCCUACUUCACUCGCUUAGGACUCUUGGCAAGCCGGGAGUUCCAACUUCCCGUGCAGCAGAUGCACGGAACGGUCGUGAUGUUCGCACAUGCCGUGGUUAUGUGCGUUCCAGCUUCCCCAAUGCUCAGCCACGGCAACCUGGCCGCCGGACUGUUUAGCCUGAGCUUUGUGUACUCGGGCCUGCUGCCAAUGGCCAGCCUCAUGCCGUCGAGCAUGAGCGCUGCAGAGUGGAGCACGCUUUUGGCAGCGACCCCGCCAGUGCCGCCAUGCCGUUUGCCGCAGGCUGUAACGAUGAGGCUCAUGGACAUGAUGUGCCUGACCGUCAUGGAAAAGCCUGAUGUCAUCCGCGCCUGGUCAAGGCAUGCACUAGAAGCCUUGAGCGAGUCACUUCAGCAAAUUUGCAUUUCCCAAGGAAAGCAUAGGCAAAAUUGCGUGUUUCGAUCUUAG